AUGGCAAGUGAAUUGCGACCCGGCAACCGUACCGGCCGCUCAGUGGUUCGCCCGCCAUUUUCCUUCUCUAAAUCUGAACCCAAAGCAAGGACGUCCGCCCAGCCAAAGAAUACGAAUCUAUCUCGUGGCUUGAGACGAGCUUACUCUUCAGCAUACUCUCCGCAAUUCUCUGCGGACAAAAUCAAAGAGACUGAUCCGGACCGAAUCAAACUGCUUUGGCGAGAGGUCGUGGAAAAAAACACACCUCGAUAUACACGCCAAACUUUGGCCAGCCAAUCCAGGAAUCAGGCUCAGUCAAAUGUGACUCCAAAAAGCACCCUCCCGACAUCUGUCUCCAAAAGCAGUACUCCUAGAACAGAGGUCCCCAAAACUGCCACGGUCCGCGAUGCUGACUUCAAACACACUCAGUUAUUUCCGCGGGGGCUUGAGAUAUCCAGUGAGCGUCCAAGCUUGGGAGGAGCUCACACCCAUUUCGGCUCCAAGACACCUCCGAACGCCGCCAAGUCAUGCGAAUUUUACCGGUGCAUCGUUCAAGAAGCCCUUGCAGGAAGAGCUGACCGGGAUAUAGACGACUCAAUAUUCCUGCCCAUGGACACCAAAUUUGUCACGUCCGUGCUCACGGCCUAUGGCAGAAUGGGAAAGGCAGGCGUUUCAGAAGCUGAGUUUCAAGGAUACGCUUGUCAGAAACUGUUCAUCGGUCCGUACGCCGUCUUAGAAGAUGAUGUUGAAAGACAGCUUGGUGCUGUACGGUGUGUGGAAGUGCCGCUCAAGCCCCGCGAAAGCCGGAACCGACUUAUGUGGGGUGAGCCUCCAAUGAUCUCGAAACAGCCUCCUUUGAAACCCUUUAGCUUCGAUACUUACGCCGACUGUCAAUUCUGGCUUAGCGACAAGAUCAUAAAUCCCGAAUAUCGAUUAGAUGUCAAACACAUCGUACAUAUGAAGGAGUUGGGUACAUUUUGUCCCUAUUUCUCGAUUGAGUUCAAAGCCACAACUUGCGACCGGCAGGUUGCGGAUAAUCAGGUACUUGUCGAUGGCCUAGCUUCCUUGUUCAAUCGAUAUCAAUUGAAGGUCGACGCCUUCCCUCAUCCCGCUCCGGAACAAUUCAAACUGGUUCGUCAUUAUGGAUUGACAAUGGAGAAAGAUAGUUGGACAGUAUGGCUUUUUCAACCCAAAAUAGUUAAGAAGACGACUUGGGCCGGCUGCAGAGUGCGAAUUCUUGGUACUGGGAGUUGUGAGACUAACCGAGAAGUGCUCGCAUUGCUUGAAUGGAUCAACGAAAUUCACCGAUGGGGCCUCUGCGAAUAUGCUCUCGGAUGUGAAGAGGAUAUUAAACAGAUUCUGAGCAAAGAUUCCAGCAAUCUCAGAAUAUCCGCGAUAGGGGUCUCAAAGGAAACCGAAACUGUGGAAACCGGAAUGGCGGAGGAAGUCUAA